UCAAAAAUGAUUCGUGUCUGGUUUCAGUUGUUCCUGCUGGGCACUCUGUGCUCUGGCAUAUUCCCAGCCCCCUUUAAUACCCAUUAUGAUGAAACAGAUCCAGAGCUGACUGCAGGAUACUUCCAGGGUGAUAUGGAUGUGGACUACGCCCGGAAUGGACAGCUAUCCGAGACACGACGCUGGCCAAACGCCACAGUUCCGUAUAGGAUAUCUGAGGAGUUUGAUGCUCCUCAUGUGGAAUAUAUAAAGCUUGGCAUGCAAUUCAUCGAGUAUUCGUCUUGUAUUCGAUUUGUGCCUGCUGAUGAGGAUGAGGAAAACUAUCUUUUUGUGCUUCCGUCCACUUCAGGAUGCAGCUCCAAAGUGGGCUAUCAGCCAGGUGAAAGAACUGUCAAACUAAAGCCUGGCUCAUUGGAUACAGGUUGCUUUAAGCUGGGCACCAUCCAACACGAACUGCUCCACACUUUGGGAUUCCACCAUCAGCAGUGCUCCCCGAAUCGAGAUGAGUUCGUAAAGAUCGUGGAGGAGAACAUUUCCGAGGGUCACGAGAAGAACUUUGUCAAGUACGAAGAAGACGAGGUGGGGGAUUUCGAUCAGCCGUAUGACUAUGGAAGCAUUCUACACUACAGUUCCUUGGCAUUUUCUAUAAAUGGGGAAGCGACAAUUGUGGCUCUGAAUCCAGAGGGUCAGGAGCAAAUGGGACAGCGCUUGAUGAUGAGUGACACCGAUGUCAAACGACUUAAUACCAUGUACAAGUGUCCGAUUCAAUUGUAAAAAUAGCAAUAAACUUGAAGGUCAAAAAGGCCUAUAAAUUUU